CACGUUUUACAUUUGAGAUCACUCAAGACACUCUAUUUUGCUCUUAGCUUCUUUCCCCAUUCAACAGAAAUUCAUGUCUAGAAUAAUGCAUUUCAUGAACUUUCGUGCUGUUUUUAUGCUCUUAGGCUUUCUCUUAGUGGCAGUUGCCACUCACUUUUGUGCCAUGGAUUUGCAAGAAAUUGCCCAAAAGUUGAAUCUUGGAUCAACCAUAGCAUGCUCAUCAUACUUAGUGUUUUUUUUGGGUGUGCUCUAUUUCAUCAUGAACAGGCCAAGAAAUGUGUACUUGGUAGAUUUUGCAUGUUACAAGCCCAACUCUGAUCUGAUGUGCCCUACUGAGCUAUACUUGGAAAGGUCAAGAAUAGCCAAAGUUUUCACAGAGGAAAAUAUUUGUUUCCAGAAAAAGAUUUUGGAAAGAUCUGGACUGGGACAAAAGACAUAUUUCCCACAAUCCAUUAUGAGUUUGCCUGCUAAGCCUAGUUUGGCCCAGGCAGAGAAUGAGGCCAAAAUUGUCAUCUUUGGAUGCAUUGAUGAGCUGUUGGCUAAGACUGGGGUGGAAGGGAAGGAUAUUGGGAUAGUUGUGGUUAAUUGCAGUUUGUUUAGCUCAACCCCAACACUUUCUGCUAUGGUGGUUAACCACUACAAGCUUAAUAGCAAUGUGAAGAGUUUCAACCUUAGUGGCAUGGGCUGUAGUGCUGGACUCAUCUCCAUUGACCUUGCCAAACAUCUCCUGCAGGUAACACCGGACACGUGUGCAUUGGUGAUUAGCUUAGAGGUUCAGGCCCUCAAUGGGUACUACGGCAAUGACCGUUCCAUGUUGAUGUCCAACUGCAUAUUCCGUCUCGGCGGCGCGGCGGUCCUUCUGUCCAACCGCUCCUCCGACCGCCGCCGCUCAAAAUACAAGCUCGUCCACGCCAUUCGUACAAACAAGGGCGCCGAUGACAACAGCUACUCUUGCGUGUUCCUCAAGGAAGACGACGCCGGCCUUGUCGGCGUCUCACUCUCCAAAGACCUCAUGGCCGUCGCCGGAGAGGCUUUGAAGAUGAACAUCACCACGCUCGGCCCGCUCGUCCUCCCCGUCUCCGAGCAGCUCAUGUUCUUCCUCACGUUAGUCGCGAGGAAGCUGUUGGUAAAGAGUAAGAAAAAGAUCAAGCCAUAUAUCCCGGACUUUAAGCUCGCUUUCGAGCAUUUUUGCAUCCACGCUGGCGGGAAGGCGGUUCUCGACGCCAUCGAGAAGAGUCUAGAACUCGGUGAGUGGCACAUGGAACCUUCUAGAAUGACACUGUACAGGUUUGGGAACACUUCGAGUAGUUCUUUGUGGUAUGAGUUGGCUUACACGGAAGGUAAAGGGAGGAUCCGAAAGGGGGACCGGGUAUGGCAGAUAGCAUUCGGGUCGGGUUUCAAAUGCAACAGUACAGUUUGGCGGGCUUUGAAGAAUGUAAAUGCAGCCAAGGAGAAGAGCCCAUGGAUGGAUGAGAUUGACCAAUUUCCAGUACCAAAGAAUUUGACAUAAUUUUUUCUGUGAGGUGUAAUAAAUAAAAAUGAUACCUCCGAUCAUGCUGUAGUAAGUUUUUCAAUAUUAUUAUUCUGGUAUUCUCCUAAGAGAUGGGUAAUUAUCAGGUGUAAUCUUUAUUCUUUAGUUAUACUCUAAGUAUCUUGUAGAUACUCCUAAGUAUCUUAAAAUUCGUAUAGGUAGAAUUUGGAAGAUGGAUAAGAGCAAAUAUGAUAUUUUUGCCAGAUUUUUAUAGAUAAUGUAUGAGUGAUUUCCCUUUAUAAGGUAAAACAUUCAGAGUAACAGUUUUUCUUAAAUUUAUGUACAAUGUAUCAAU